UUCACCUACCCCUUUUGUACGAUAUCGUUGUAACAACCGUUUUGAUGGGACUCAUUGUCUAUAGAUUUAUGACGAAUCUAGAUAGCGCCGAUGCCGUCGGAUGUUUUGGAUUUGCCACGUACAUUUUUUCCAUGCUGGUUGUAGUAUAUGUGAAUUGUUUCAUGGGAGAAUAUCUCAAAACUGAGUGUAAUGCACUUCUGAAUGCCUACUACGAGUGCAACUGGUGCGAUAUGUCAAUGGGAUACAAGAAAGCCUUAAUAAUAUGCAUGCAAACAACGCAAGAGCCCAUUAGAAUAACUGCAGGAAGGUUCUAUAUUUUCUCGUUGGAGACUUUCACAAAGGUAAGACCUCUACUGCAGCAGGAAAUUCCUGAGAUUCCCACAAAUCGAGACAUCAAUCGAUUUUCAGACAAUGAAGUCGUCGAUGGUGUACGUACAAAUGUUGAGAAAAACAAUGUAAUCCAUUCCCUUGGGAUACCAAACAGGAGAAGGAAAAACUGCAGUUCUUUUGGUGGUGAAAUGGAAAAUUUUUGUUAUUUUUUGACGUUUCCCUCUAUAAAAAUUUUAAAUGAAAAAUAUUGUGGGUAAAAACAGAUUUUUCUUUCUCCAAAUCAGAUAUUCUAGAGAAACAUUUUUGAGAGAAAUUCAUCCCAAUAAUUGGGACUUCAGUGAAUAUCUAUAUAAUUUCUAUAAAAUUGUUACUCUUUUCGUAAUGUUAUGUUUCGUUUCCACAUUAAUUAACUGAAGUAAAGAAACGAGAAAUUUCUACAGGAAAUAUUUCGAUAGAACAAAAUCUUCUCUACAAAAUGUUUCAUUUCACAUUUCUAUAGAAUAUUCGUUAACUUUUCAUAGUGUAUCUAUAGAGAAUUGUAUUUAAUUGUUGUCAAUUAAAUUGAAAUUUUCUGCAGCUUUUUUUAUUUAUUCCCCAUAAAAAUGAAAAAAAAAAUCCUUCGAU